CUAAAGCUUUGAACUUCAAAACCCCAUCUAUCAAUCUGUUUGUCAUUUACCAAACUUCAUUUCUUCUCCAAAGGUGACUUUCAAAAUGGGUUUGGUUCAGUUUUGCAUGUUGUUGAGUGUGUUGAUAAUGGCAGCCAAUCUGGGGGCGCUUUUCGUUGAGGCACGCCAACACCCUGCAGGGAUAUCAAAACAGGCUCAAGAGCAAACUGGAAGAGCCACAGAAAGUGGGAAUUAUCUGAAUGAAGGAGAGAUGAUGGAGCAGUUAAGCAAGGCCAAAAUGGAGUUUGGUCAGAUGAAGACUUUGUCACCUUUUCCUAAUAUUCCUGGCGUUCCAAUUCCACAGAUACCAUUUGGGCCUCAAACUCCUGGUGUUCCAAUUCCACAGAUACCAUUUACACCCCAAAUUCCUGGUUUCCCAAUUCCACAAAUCCCAUUUGCACCCCAAAUUCCUAGUGUUCCAAUUCCACAGUUACCAUUUGCACCUCCAUUUGGAAUUCCUAAAAUACCUUCAGUCCCACCACUUCCUGACUUUCCAGUCCCUCCUAUCAACAUUCCCAAUAUCCCUUUCCUUUCACCUCCUCCUGCAUAAGUUUCUAAGUUAAACUAUAUACGCUUUAUUAUGUACUUUGGAAGUUUCAGCAAUAAGUAUGUUAAAAGUUCCUAUGUAUUUCCUUGUUAAGGGAACUUAAUAUGACGAUAAUUUGCUAGUAAAGUUAAA